AAUAUUUAUUAUAUAAACAUAUUAAAUUUUAUUUUGUAAUUAUGUCCAAGGAUAUUCGAUCAUUUUUUAAUGCAGUUAAUAAAAAAACAUCACAACCAAUUUCAGCAUCUAAUACAAAGAAACGGCCGGCAGUUAUUUGUGAUUCCAGUGAUGAAGAAGUUCCUGCAACGCCAGUUGAAAAAUCUAAAACAACAAAAAAAAGAAAAAUUGCUAAUGGAACUGAAAUUGAUAAGUCUCCGAAGGUUAAAAAUGGAGGGUCAGCAAAAAAGGAUAAGAAAUCUUCACCAACUAAAUUAAAGCCAAUUAGUGCACUAGAGAUGUUUAAAUCCUCACCUAAAAAUUCAAAGAAAGAGAAAAAACCCGAAAAGCAAGAAACAGUAGAAGAUAUGUUUAUGAAAGAAGAAGAUGUAUUUUCUGAUGAAGAUUUCAAAGCAACUUUAUUACAAGUAGAUGAAGUAGUUGGAAAAAAAGAAAAAAAUAAUGAGAAAUCUUCAAAUUCAAAGAAUAAUAACCAUAGCUCUGAAAAUGAGAAAAUUAAAUCAUCGAAAGUUAAAUUGGAAAAUGAUUCUGAAGAUGAUAAAAUCAAAUCACCUAAAGUGAAAUCCAAAAAUGACUCUCAAGAUAGUAAAAUAAAGUCACCCAAGAAGGAUUCUGAAGAUGAUAAAAUAAAAUCGCCAAAACCGAAGAUUAAAACUGAAAAGGAGUCUAAAAAAUUGAAUGGGAGUAAACUGGAUAGUCUAGGAGCGUCAUCAGAUGAUCAAAAAUAUUCGUCUAAUAAUGACGAUUCACUUUGUGAUACAAGCCAAGAUAUAAUUGAAAAAACCCCAAAAGCACGAAAACGUAAAGCGGAUUUAGAUGAAACUAUUACUGACGAAGAUCGUUUUGAAAGACGACGUCAAUCAUCUGUUAUGUAUCAAAAAUAUUUAAAACGAGCUGGUCCAUCAAAUCCUGGUUCGAAAGAAGUGCCUCAAGGUACACCAGAUUGCUUAAAACCUUUGGUUUUCCUUCUCACUGGUGUAUAUGAGUCAUUAGAACGAGAUGAAGCUGCAAGUAUUAUCACUGAUUUAGGCGGACGAGUUGUCAAAGCAAUAUCAGGUAAAGUAACUCAUCUAGUGGUUGGAGAAGAUGCAGGUCCCGCUAAAUUGGAUAAAGCUAAAAGUAUGGGUAUAAAAAUAAUCUCCGAGGAUGGCUUAUUAGAUCUCAUUCGAGAGAGAUCAUCCGAUUCAAAGAAAUCAGGUUCAGAUUCUAAAGAAACAAAGGACAUCAAAUCAAAAAAAAUUAAAACUUCUGAGGAAAAAUCUAAAGACACUAAGUCGGAAGAAUCAAACAAAAAAACACCAAAAAAACACAAAGAAGCAGAAAAUAAAAAAUCAGAAGUGUCCGCCAGCCCACCUAAGAAGAAAAUGAUUGAACUUCCAAAAGAAAAAUCAACAAAAACAUCGCCUACGAAAUCAAAAGAAAGUGAAGAAGUUAGCGAAUUCUUUAAGAAGGAUAAGCCGAAAAUAAAACUAGAGAAUGUAGACAAAUCCGAAUCUCGAGAAACUGAAAAGCAUGUACCUAAAUCAGAAUCAAUAAUAUCGGAUAAUGUUUCAUGGGUCGAUAAAUAUAAACCAAAAACACUUAAACAAAUUAUUGGACAACAAGGAGAAAAUAGCAAUGUAAAGAAAUUAAUUAAAUGGAUGGAAAAUUGGUACAAAAAUCGUAAUCCAAAAUUAAAAUUAACAAAACCAAGUCCAUGGGCGAAAAAUGAUGAUGGAGCGUACUUUAAAGCGGCAUUAUUAAGUGGACCUCCAGGUGUUGGUAAAACUACAACUGCGAGUUUAGUAUCUACCGAGUUAGGCUUCGAUGUUGUUGAAAUGAAUGCUUCAUGCACAAGAAGUAAAAGUUUAUUGCGGGAAGAUGUCAGUAAUUUAUUAAGUAAUCAAUCUUUGGCGGGAUAUUUUAAUGGUAGUGAAAAAGGCAUGACUAGAAAGCAUGUAUUAUUAAUGGAUGAAGUGGACGGUAUGGCGGGAAACGAAGAUAGAGGUGGUAUGCAAGAAUUAAUACAAUUAAUAAAAAAUUCAUCAAUCCCUAUAAUAUGCAUGUGCAACGACCGAAAUCAUCCAAAAAUUCGAUCACUUGUUAAUUAUUGUUUCGAUUUGAAAUUCUCAAAACCACGGGUUGAACAAAUUCGGGGAGCUAUGAUGUCGGUAUGUUACAAAGAAAAUAUCAAGAUAAAACCAGAAGUAUUAGAUCAAAUUAUUAGUGGAACACAAAAUGAUAUUCGACAAACGUUAAAUAAUUUAUCAAUGUGGGUAGACGAUAAUAUCAGUUUAGAAACAGCUAAAGAUAAGGCGAAUAAUUCAAAGAAAGAUAUCAAAUUGGGCCCUUGGGAUGUUGUACGAAAAGUAUUUUCUGAAGAAGAACAGAAGAAAACCAACAUACAUCAAAGAAGUAGUUUAUUUUUUCACGAUUACAGCAUGGCACCUUUAUUUGUUCAAGAAAAUUAUUUAAACGUUGUUCCACACUGUGAUAAAAAAGAAUGGUUAGAUCGUUUUACGGAAACUGCCGAAUAUUUAAGUUUAGGCGAUUUAGCCGAUUCACGUAUACGUAAAAAUGGAGCUUGGAGUCUUUUACCAUUACAAGCGAUGUAUAGUAGUGUUGCUCCAGGACAUUUAUUAUCUGGACAUUUUGGUGGUCAAAUAAAUUUCCCUUCUUGGUUAGGUAAAACUUCAAAACGGAAUAAAUUUUUACGAAUGUUGAGUGAAUUACAAAUUCAUAUGCGCUUGAGCACAUCAGGAAGUUUACAAGCUGUUAAUUUAGAUUACUUACCGUACAUUAAAAAUUCUCUAAUUAAACCAUUGCAAGCCGGUAACGUGGAUGAAGCUAUUCAAAUUAUGCAAAAUUAUCAUUUAUUGCGGGAAGAUUUGGAAAAUAUUGUGGAAUUAUCAUUAUGGCCAAAGCAAAAAGAUCCAUUAGCACUUAUUAAUGGCAAAGUAAAAGCAGCGUUUACAAGACAAUACAACAAAGAAUGUCAAUUAGUAUCUUCAGUAGUAACUAAAAAACGAGCGAAUAUCCCAUUGGAUCAAGAAAAUGAGUAUGAUGAGGAAAAUGAGGAUCAAAUUAAUUCCGAAAAUGAAAAUGAGGAUGAUGACGACAUUACAAAAGAUAGUACAAUUAAGGCCAAGAAAGUACUUAAACCAGAAAAGGGCGAAACUUCAUCAAAAAAGAAAAAAACAGCUGAAACAACAGAAAAACCAAAAAAGUCUCGAGAUAUACAGGUAUAUUGA